UCUCUCUCUCUCUCUCUCUCUCUCUCUCUCUCUGUGGUCGCCGAGACGGCCGAUGGCAGCGCUGCCAGGUGUCGAUCGCCGAUGCUGAUAGCGGUCGAUAACGGGCUGUAGAAUUGCUGUGCGCGUUAAAGGAAGAGCUGUCAGACUCGACACUGCACAGUCUUUCCCCCUGGAGCAUUUCGGUCGCACAUUCCAGUCGCACAUUCCCUCAACUCCAAUCGUGUGUCUUCUGCCCUGCCGUCGACACCAGCAACACCUUUGUCGUUCGUGCAGUGGGGCAUUUUGAUCAAACGGCAUCACCGCCAUGAGCACUUUGGAUGGUUCGAGGAGACAAGGUCGCCGAAGCAGCGGCUUCAUGAAGACACUCUCGCGAACGUUUUCACGCUCAGGCGGCGCCCCCCAUGACGAUGUCGGAGAUUUGCCUGCCACAAAGCCAACCAAGACUUUAUCCCGCCGUGCUUCCACCGGGCAUUUCCACCUGCCUGAAGGCGCCAUUCCACCGACGGCGAAACCUGCCUUUGGUCAGGUCGCAACUUAUAAAAAACUUCACAAACUGGGCGAAGGAACCUAUGCCACCGUUUUUAAAGGCAUUUCUCACAUUAACGGCAAAAUCGUGGCCUUGAAGGAAAUUCGCCUCGAACAUGAGGAGGGCGCGCCUUGCACGGGUAUUCGCGAAGUUUCGCUGCUCAAGGGCCUCAAGCAUGCCAACAUCGUAACCCUUCACGACGUGAUUCACACCAAGGACAAUCUUAUUAUGGUCUUUGAAUUCCUUAGUAAGGAUCUGAAAGCCUACAUGGAUGACUGCAACAGCUACAUUGACUUGCGCAACGCCAAACUCUUUCUCUUUCAACUUCUGCGUGGUGUCGGUUUUUGCCAUUCAAGAAAGGUGCUGCAUCGUGAUCUCAAGCCCCAAAACCUGUUGAUCAACCAUGCUGGAGAGCUCAAGCUGGCAGAUUUCGGGUUGGCUCGUGCCAAGUCAGUUCCCAUCAAGACCUAUAGCAAUGAAGUUGUGACCCUUUGGUACCGCCCGCCAGAUGUCUUGUUGGGCUCGGUGGAUUACUCGGGUGAUAUUGACAUGUGGGGAGUCGGUUGCAUCUUUGGCGAGAUGAUCAGCGGUCGCCCCAUGUUCCCUGGGGCCACCAACGCUGAUCAACUUGAGCUCAUUUUUAAAACCCUCGGCUCGCCCUCGGAGAGCACCUGGCCCGGUGUCAUGGCCUUGCCAGAAGCCAAGUCCAAUGAGCUGGGGGCAUAUUCCCCACAACCCGUCAAUGCCAUUCUUCCCCGUCUGGACAAGCAAGGUGGUGCACUCUUGAAGUCACUCCUUAAGCUGGAUCCGCACGGCCGCGUGUCCGCCGUCAAGGCAAUGCAGCACCCGUACUUUAAUUCCCUCGGCCCCUAUAUUAAGCAGCUGACCAACGACAAGAGCAUUUUCCAGGCACCGCAGGUCAAGUACCACAUGGAACCAGCCCUGCGCAUGGCUGAGCGUCGGCGUUUCGAAACUAGCCGACGAGCCUCGUUGCAAUUUUAG